AUCCAUGUGGACCUCGGAUGGGUUCUGGCAGAAGUGCACUCACCCUUGACUCUUGGUCCCUAAAAAUACAGGACUCGAAUUUACUGUAGAUCAACUAUAACGCAGCUUGGCGGGAGUAGGAGGGUGCAGGAAAGACUAUGGCAUGUACGGAAGUAAAGCCCCGAUCCAGGCUUUACCUCCGUACGGGUAGCAAGGCGUCAUUUCCGAUGACCCCCCAAUCCAUCGAAGUUGCAUGUGUCGAUCUAAGACAGUGAUCCUUCCAACAUUUCUCAUUUACCCAACAAUUCUUUCGCAGCUACAUCCCGGAAGAAGUCGUCUAGAUGGAGACAACCAUCCGAUCUAGGGUUCCAAUUAGACACCGACUCGCAUCUCGUGAGGAGCCAAAGAGAAUCUGAAGUUCUUUUCACUACCCAUUCCCUUGUUCUUGUUUGCGCUGAUGAAAAUUGUUACCAGCGACAUCUUGCUGCUCAUCAUGAUGCUGCCCUUACUAGAGAUGGCGUUGAGCGUUGCCAUGGUUUCUGCUGUAUCGGCUGCCGCCAGCUCCUUUGACAUGGCCAGAGCAGUAACAGACCCUACUGAUUACUCAUGGAUCAAGAAGUUCGCCGCAGUGGGAGACAGCUUCACAGCAGGCAUUGGAUCUGGAAAUCUGUACAGCCUUAGCGACAACUCCGACGACUGCUCACGGUAUUCUUAUACUUAUCCUGUGAUCAUGAAUCAUUUCUUCGGACCAACUGUUAAGAAUUUCACGUAUGUUGCAUGCUCGGGAGCUAUCUCAUCUGGUAUAUUUGAACAGAUCAAUGCUUUAGAUGAUGAUCAAGAUGUUGUCAUUAUGACUGCUGGUGGAAAUGAUCUUUGUCUCUCAAAUAUCAUCAACGAAUGUAUUGCAGGUGUCGCACCGUUAGAUAGUCGAUGUGACGCUGCUGUGGCUACUGCCCACGCCGCACUGGGACCUGAUGGCUACUUCAAGCAGAACAUUAAGGACCUUCUUAUCGCCCUUGAUUCCAAGAUGGCCAACAAUGGGAUUGUAGUCCAAGUCUUGUAUGCUCAAUACUUCAACGACCAGACCGACGCUUGCACAAAAGAAAAUUGGCAGGUAUUAAAAACAGCAGGGCUACCACUGAAUACAUCGAGACGUACACAGUUCAACUCGCUUGUAGUGCAAACCAAUGCCGUAAUACAAGCGGCUGUAGAUGAGGUUGCGGCUAACGCGACAACGACGAUGAAGAUCGUGACUGCUGAUUGGGACCCAUGGGCACAGGUCACUGGUGGGCAGUUCUGCGAGGCAGGAGCGAGUCCGGAUCCAGACGACGCGGGCAACGCAAACGUCAUGUUCUUCAAGCUAUUCACCGGAGUCACGGCCCCGUUGGAGAGCCGUGGUGGUUUUGGAUACAUGCACUACGAUAAUGAGACAUACGGCGCAGAGCCGUAUGGACUAGAAAUGAGCAAGCGUGGUCCUGUCGACCCGGGUUGUCCAGCAUCUUCCAUCCCUCUACCUGACAGUAUCGGGAAGAUCUUCCACCCAAACGGCCUCGGCCACGAAGUCAUCGCUGCAUACGCCCUUGAUGCCAUUGGAGAUGCUCGUGCUGCCAUACUCGGAGAAAGUCCCGUAUGUCUUGUAGUCGAUAAUAUGUUCUGUUUCUCAGACCACGGCAGCCGUGCCUACGCAAGUGCUGGAGCACUAAACAACAACAUCGAUGAUUUCUGCAGUUAUGUAGCCAAAAACAAGCCUGCAAACGUGGCUGGUUGGCAUGUCGCUAAAACUUAUUACUCUGGCACCUUAGACGAAUUCAUAAUGGCCAUAUCGCUGUCUGACAAGGUCUCUACAUUUAGCGAAGACUCUUGCCAAACAGCUAUUAGCUCGAUUAUUAAUGGCUGUGACGUACCCAGAUCGGGGAACAAUCCAAUGAAUUGGAAGGGUGGUGGCAACAGAACCGAGGGCGAGUAUUUUUAUGCGGUCUCAGUUCAUAGGACGAAUCGCCCAUGGCCACCGCCAACGGCGCCAUCACAGAGUUGCAAGGGAUGGUACAAAAUUGCAUUUCAAAAUUAUGACAUCUAUGGCGCCGGGUGGGCAACGUAUGAUUGGGGUCAGCAGUCGUUAAUGAAACAAGUAAAUCCGUGUUGUGGCUCUGGUAGUCUAACCGCCUAGAACUUUGACUACUUCGACCAACCGGAUGAGAAUGGAUAUGAGUGGCAUGCUUAUUUCCACACAGCGAUUGGGACUCGUCGUCGAUGCUUUGACAACAAUAAGGUUCAGUGUGCUGCCGGAGGCCCUUGUGACUCCUCGUGUAAUGGCAACGGAUAGUUAACAGGAAUCCACUUCUUAUAAAUCAAUUAGGUCGGGUUUACAGGCUUAGGGCAGUAGGGUUAGAGUUAAGUGUAUACUUAAAUUUAUUACUACACGCCCUAUAGGGAUUGACUUUAGGCCCUAUAGGGCUUAGAAUGUCUAACAUUAAAAAAUUUACAAUUUUACAUAUCC